AUGCUGCGCAGCUCGCUGAGCAAAGCCAGCACUCGGGUGCUUCAAAGCUCCCGGUGCGCGGCCCCUUCAUCCCGUCGCUUCUCGACUCUCCCUACCACGCCGCGUACCGCCGCGACACAGACUCUGGCCGCAAGCCGCCGACCCCUGAGCUUGACCGCGAGGAGGCAUUACGCCAGCGCCACCGACAAUGCCCCCGAUCCCAAUGACAACUUCCUCUCCGGAAACACCGCCAACUACAUUGACGAGAUGUACAUGCAGUGGAAGGAGGAUCCCAAGAGCGUCCACGUCUCAUGGCAGGUCUACUUCCGCAACAUGGAGUCUGGCGACAUGCCCAUCUCCCAAGCCUUCACCCCGCCGCCCUCUCUCGUGCCCGGCGCCACGGGAGGCGUCCCUCGCCUCGCCGCCGGCAGCGCUGAGGGCACCGAGGUGGCGAACCACCUGAAGGUCCAGCUCCUCGUCCGCGCCUACCAGGCUCGCGGCCACAACAAGGCCAACAUCGAUCCCCUCGGUAUCCGUAACGAGCAGAAGGGCUUUGGUAACAUCAAGCCCAAGGAGCUCACCCUCGAGCACUACCAGUUCACCGAAAAGGACCUCGACACCGAAUACUCCCUCGGCCCCGGCAUCCUGCCUCGCUUCAAGCGCGAGGGCCGCGAGAAGAUGACGCUGCGCGAGAUCAUUGACGCCUGCGAGCGCAUCUACUGCGGGUCCUAUGGAAUCGAGUUCAUCCACAUUCCUGACCGUGAGAAGUGCGACUGGCUGCGCGAGCGCCUCGAGGUGCCCCAGCCCUUCAAGUACAGCAUUGAUGAGAAGCGCCGCAUCCUCGACCGUCUUAUCUGGAGUUCGAGCUUCGAGUCCUUCCUGUCCACAAAGUACCCCAACGACAAGCGUUUCGGCCUGGAGGGUUGCGAGACCCUGGUCCCCGGUAUGAAGGCUCUGAUCGAUCGCAGUGUCGACUACGGCGUCAAGGACAUUGUCAUUGGCAUGCCGCAUCGUGGCCGCCUCAACGUUCUCAGCAACGUCGUCAGGAAACCCAACGAGUCCAUCUUCUCCGAGUUCGCUGGCACUGCCGGUGCCGAGGAUGAGGGAUCUGGCGAUGUCAAGUACCAUCUUGGCAUGAACUUCGAGCGUCCCACCCCCUCGGGCAAGCGUGUCCAGCUGUCCCUUGUGGCCAACCCUUCCCAUCUCGAGGCCGAGGACCCCGUCGUUCUCGGUAAGACGCGCGCCAUCCAGCACUACAAUAACGAUGAGAAGGCCCACCGCACUGCCAUGGGCGUCCUGCUCCACGGUGACGCCGCUUUCGCCGCUCAGGGUGUCGUCUACGAGUGCCUCGGCUUCCACUCGCUCCCUGCCUUCUCCACUGGUGGUACCAUCCACCUCGUCGUGAACAACCAGAUCGGCUUCACGACCGACCCCCGCUUCGCUCGCUCGACCGCCUACUGUACCGAUAUCGCCAAGGCUAUCGACGCCCCCGUCUUCCACGUCAAUGCCGACGACGUCGAGGCCGUCAACUUCGUCUGCCAGAUGGCUGCCGACUGGCGUGCCGAGUUCCAGCAGGAUGUCAUCGUCGACCUGGUGUGCUACCGCAAGCACGGCCACAACGAGACUGACCAGCCUUCCUUCACGCAGCCCCUGAUGUACAAGCGCAUCCAGUCGCACAAGUCUCAGAUUGCCAUCUACGUCGACAAGCUUAUCAAGGACGGCACCUUCACCAAGGAAGACGUCGAAGAGCACAAGCAGUGGGUCUGGGGCAUGCUCGAGGAGAGCUUCACCAAGUCCAAGGAAUACCAGCCCACCUCCAAGGAGUGGACGACUUCGGCCUGGAACGGCUUCAAGUCGCCCAAGGAGCUGGCCACCGAGGUUCUGCCGCACAACACGACCAGCGUCGACAAGAAGACACUCGAGCACAUCGGUGAGGUCAUUGGCAGCACAAGUGAGGGCUUCAACGUGCACAGGAACCUCAAGCGUAUCCUCUCCAACAGGACCAAGUCUGUGGUUGGGGGCCAGAACAUUGACUUCCCCACGGCCGAGGCUCUCGCCUUCGGUUCCCUCGUCACCGAGGGCCACCACGUCCGCGUGUCCGGUCAGGAUGUCGAGCGUGGCACCUUCUCGCAGCGCCACGCCGUCUUCCACGACCAGGAGACCGAGGACACCUACACACCGCUGCAGAACAUUAGCAAGGACCAGGGCAAGUUCGUCAUUGCCAACUCGUCUCUGAGCGAGUUUGGUGCCCUUGGCUUCGAAUACGGUUACUCUCUCUCGUCUCCCAACGCGCUCGUCAUGUGGGAGGCCCAGUUCGGUGACUUCGCCAACAACGCGCAGUGCAUCAUUGACCAGUUCAUCGCUUCCGGUGAGGUCAAGUGGAUGCAGAGGACAGGUCUCGUCAUGUCGCUGCCCCACGGUUACGACGGCCAGGGUCCCGAGCACUCCUCCGGACGCUUGGAGCGUUACCUGCAGCUCUGCAAUGAGGACCCUCGUGUCUUCCCCUCGCCCGAGAAGCUCGAGCGCCAGCACCAGGACUGCAACAUGCAGAUCGCUUACUUCACGACCCCUGCCAACUUGUUCCACGCCCUUCGUCGCCAGAUGCACAGGCAAUUCCGCAAGCCCCUCAUCAUCUUCUUCUCCAAGUCGCUCCUCCGCCACCCUCUGGCGCGGUCCAACAUCGAGGAGUUUGUUGACGAGUCCCACUUCCAGUGGAUUAUCCCCGACCCCGAGCACGAGGCCGGCACCAUCAAGAAGCCUGAGGAAAUCAAGCGUGUUGUGCUUUGCACGGGUCAGGUGUGGGCCGCGCUCCACAAGUACCGCGCGGACAACAAGAUUGACGACACGGCGUUCACGCGUAUUGAGCAGCUCAACCCCUUCCCAUGGCAGCAGCUCAAGGAGAACCUCGACCAGUACCCCAACGCAGAGACGAUUGUCUGGGCUCAGGAGGAGCCGCUCAACGCUGGUGCGUGGAGCUUCACGCAGCCUCGCAUCGAGACGCUCCUCAACCAGACAGAGCACCACAACCGCAAGCACGUCAUGUACGCUGGCCGCAACCCCAGCGCGUCCGUGGCAGCGGGUACCAAGGGCCUGCACACCAAGGAAGAGCAGGAAUUCCUGGAGAUGGCCUUCACGGUCAAGCAGGACAAGCUGAAGGGCGAGUAA